UUAAUUGUAAUAUUUCUUGAUGUAUUUACUACAGAAUAUAUCUUUUUAUAACACAAUGGUAAUUUUAAUGUUUUAAAUUCUACAACUUAUUUGUGAUGAAAAGUCAAAUCUAAAUCCACGGGAAUACGAGAAACUCUUGGUCCAUUUCUGUGGGUGAGGGUGGUAUCAAAUACAGUAACAAAAUAAUUAAAUGGGAUAAUUUCAGUAACAUUUUAUGACUCCAUCUGAAAGACAAGUGAAUUUUCUACAAAAUAACACCAAAACGCUGUUUAUAUAAUGGUUAAUCUGUUACUCGGAAUAAAAACAACCCCUUAGGCCCCCGAGAAUAUGCGAAAACAGGAUAUAUUUCAUUUUAUUUAUUUGUUAACUUGAACUAACUUUGAAACUACGAAAAAGACGAAAGGCCUUCUAAUAUUGACUUCCAGCUAAAACACAAUAUGUAAAAUAGAAUUAAAUUGAAGGAAUAAAGAAGUCCAGUUAUGAAAUACGCAAUGCAAUUUUGCUUUAAAUUAUUCAGCAUUUGUAAACAACACUGUGAGUCAUUUCUUGUAAUUCGACUACUUUUGUUAACAAUUCUAGAAUGAAAUGAUUGUAAAUUUCUUCAUUUAAAUUACGUAACUUUAUGCAAUGGCAGAAAAAGAUAAUAUUAGUGCACAAAGUACUCCGCGUACUGUAGGAUUAGUAUUGCGUUAAAAAUAUGUACAUUAUAUGUUACAAUAUCUUAUUUUGCAGUGGAGUCUUGUUUGUGAUGAUGCUUAUCUCUCCCCUUUAUCAACAACUAUCUAUUUCUUUAGCGUAAUCUUUGGAGGUCUGGUGUUUGGUCAUAUAGCCGAUAUGAUUGGAAGGAAACCCGUCCUUCUUCUUAUUCUUUUCUCACAAAUUGCUGUCGGUAUGGCUAUUUUCUUCAUGCCGUGGUAUACGGGUGUUGCUGUUCUAAGGUUUGUCCAGGGCGUACUGAUGCAGGUACAACUUAUAUGUCAUAUUUUCUGGUACUUCGGGAUCAUUGAUAAUGCUUUUUUCGCAAGCGGCAUGAUGUUUUUAUCACUGUUAGCCUACCUCAUCCGAGACUGGUGUUACCUUCAGUUGGCAAUCUCUCUUCCUAGUUUACUUGCAGACUGAUACAUCUGGUAAGUACCAUUUUAUUCAUUAACAUUAUCUUACCGGUCAUGUUUUUGUUUUAGACUAAUCAAUAGCCCUCGCAAAGUGUGAUCAACUCAUUGGGAUUGUGCACAGAUGAGAAAAUGACCUUCUCUGUAUAGUUAGUUAGGAAUUCUUUUUUUUUCACGGCGACAUCAUGACAGGACCAAUGUAAACAUUUAACAUAUGUCCUAUCAUUUUUAACAGCAAGAUAUCUUUUUGAAAUGUUCUGCAGGUAUGUAACACUGACAAAAGAAGGAUGAAGAUCAAACAGGAAUAGCAACGUUCCGAGAAUCGGAGCGGCUUAGGUUGCCCUAACUUUGAAUCAGUAAUGAUUGCCUUACUUAAGUUUUUUUUUACUUUUGAAACAUUGUUGAUCGGUACAUGCUGUGUAUGUUGUUUAUGCCUUCAACAUACCACUAUAUCUUUUAAGAAUAAGAUUUGCAUCCCUCCCGAAUCACCUAUAUGAUGUCACACAAUACUCUAUACCGGUUGUAUACAACCUCAUUUUUAAUGUAGUCGAUUGCAACAAAUAUGUUUACGACCUUUGCCGCAGAAGUCAGUGUCAAUUUAACUAAUUAAACAAACAGUCGUUCAUUGUCUGGUCGUAAAUAAUAAAACUAACAACGUAAAAAAUAUUCAGGUAAUUGUUGGAGUAUAGAUUACUUGUCAAUGACAAUUUGUUUUGGUCUUAAUUGACAUCAUGUAAAAUGUCGAACAUUUAUCUAACGUUCAUUAAAAGCUUCCCGGGCUUGGCUGUAAAUUAUAUAAUGAUAAAUUUUUGUUUAUAAGUCACCCCGCUUACUAUUUUCCUUGAUGUCAUCUGUGGUAUAGAUUUAGUCUCUAAUAAUCGAUUUUGAGCACUUGAUAUAAUCGAUCAUACACUUAUAUUUUAUCGUGAAAUUUCCAGUUUCAUGCCGGAAUCAUUAAGGUGGCUUCUAAUAAAGAACAAAAUUGAAGAUGCUGAAAUUCUUAUAAAUAGAAUUUGUUCCUGGAACAAAUGUCCGUGGCCGAAAGAGGAAUUUGACAAAAUUAAACAAGAACUUACCAAGGAAGAGAAUAAUGUUCAGAAGUAUUCUUUCCUUGACCUGAUGAAGAACAGUACACUUCGAAAAAGAAGCAUUAUAUUGUACUAUAUUUGAUUUGGACGAAAGAGACCACUGUUUAUGUAUUUUACAUUAGCUUCUAUCCUGAUGAUUACUGCUGGUGUCAUACCCCUUGCUGUGUCAAGCACUGACGCCUCAUACGUUGCCAAUGGAUUCGCCAUUGCAGGAAAGUUUGCUAUGGCUGGACUAUUUGUUACUAUUUUUAUCUACACGGCUGAGCUCUAUCCUACAGCAGUCAGAAAUAUCGGAAUGGGCAGUUGUGCAUUUUGGACUAGGGUUGGAGGAGUUGUCGCCCCUCAAACGAUUGCUUUGGCAAGUAUUUUGCUUUAUUUCCAGUUUUAUCAAUAAUGUUUUAGUAGUCAUAAUUAGUAAAAGAACUAAGAGUACUCGAUCGUUAUUAAUUGAUGUCCAUUAUGGGUAUAAUUUGAAGUUACACUAAUGGGCGGUGUGGAUAGUGAUAUCAUAGUGUGUUGUUUUUUCAAUAUGUAGAAACGCUCUUUGGAAUUAUACCUUUAUCCUAUAACUAUAUAGCAGUUGCGAUUUGUCAAAGCUAUGGUUUCCUGAUACUUCGUGUUUUGUAUUUAUGCUUUUAAGAAAGCCAGACACGUGGGUAGAUAGAUUAUUGAAACGAAUGUUAAAUACGACGGACUGCCUGCAAUGUAUUUUUUUUAGAUAUAUGAAGUUUUGUCAAUACUCCUCAAACUGUAAAAUUUAAGUAGAAGUAAGACUUUAGUUUUAAUUACUGUUUGGGUGGUGACAGCGGCCAGAACUACAGUGAGACUUUCACCGAGAAUAACAUGGAGAAGAAGGCAAAUAUUAUUCACGGUGAAAAUAAUCCUUCAUUCUCAUAACGCCUUAAUGGUUAUUGUCUUCAUAUUACAAGAUGAAUUGUCUGGUUGAUGUCAUGGUUCACAUUCAAAUUCAAGGGUUUCGAGAGUUUCAAUAUUGCCCUGCCUUGGUCCUCAAAAGAAUCUUUGUAAGCUUUUUACCUAGCUGUCCCAUAGUACAUUGACGCCAAAUGGCCGUCAAUAAUUUCAUUUCUGAGAAUUAAUUUCAAGAGCGGUAAACAAGUUUGAAUGUCAUAGAUCAUUAAAGAAGUGAAAAUUAGA